GCCAGACUUCAAGCUUAACCAUGUGGAAGUAUCCGUUCAGCGCGAGACACACAAUCACAAAAUCUGCCUAGCUUAACUGGGAACUUCAGCACUCAGGCGAUUCACCAAGCCAAUAGUCUGUACUGAAGUGGGCGGCUGCGAAGAGGUGGACUAUCACAUGGAUGAAAAGGCUGGAGUCAUCUGUCAUUGUCAGGCACUCUGUAAUAUCUUGCCAUCCUCAGAAAGGAAGGGUUAGCGCUCAAUUGAUGAGCUGAGCGACAUUAUCGACACAUGGAUGUUUAAUGCCGUCUGUUCAGCUCGGUUGAGUUGAUGCGUGGGCUUGUAGAUGAUGCUAUAACUUUCCUCGAUCAAAAGCAGUGGUCCUUCCUCUACUUUACACAACGGAUUUGAUCUUGGCUGUUGACACAAUUCGACUUUAAUUAAUCUUUUCAAUUCAUCAUUGCCUUUGAUUCUGCACUAUCUCAACCGUCACGAUGAGCGCUGUUUCUGCUGUCAUCAACCCCGUCACUGCCGACAGACCUAGCUCAGUUGGCGACAAGCGUGUCCUCAUCUUUUCUGCAACCUCCAAGUAUAACACCGUCUCAUUCGAGCAACGAAAACUCCGAACCGCAGAGAAGACUCCUCGCCGUCACGAUGGAAUGAGCGGCGGCCCUCUCUCACAAAAGGUCAAGAACCCAUCAUCGUUGGUGACAAUCAACUACGAUGACGCCGCGUUCGUCUAUGGCGUGUCUAUGCACACACCCCCAAAGACGGGGGAAACACAGCCAGAGCCCAUCGCUGUGCUCUCGCUUUUCCAUCCGGUCCAUCAGCAUGUUGCCAAGGAUGAAGAAGGAGGCAGGAUCGUGGUGCCGAACGGAUUCAUCGCUGGCUGCACCGACAACGAACACCUCUGGAUAUACUACCAGUCAAAAUCGGCCGAUGGAAAGAACGUCAUCAUCAAGAGAAGCGAAGUAUCCGGAGCUACGGCCAACAUUACCAAUCUCUCAGUCGAGCAUGUGUUGGAGAAGACGUGGCUGGGAGCUUUCUAUGAUGGCAAAUCCCAAUGGGUUGUCUUCCAGUCUGACAACAACCGUCUUACCAUCUUUAACGCAAACAAGGGAAAAGACUCCGAUAUUGACGAUGACGAGAAAACGUUCAUGCCGUACACUCCAAUUGCCUGCGCAUUCGUCCCAUCCAAGAGCAUCGACCCCAGCAAGGUGCCCAGCUUCAAGCCUGAUGCCAACGUGCUUGGACGGGCCUUUGUCUACUAUCUCUACAAACAUGGCGGCAACAACAUCUUGCAACGCAGAUACGCGGAUAUCGAAGACAAAAAGUACGCUCCCGACUGGAAGGGCCCCAUCGAGGCCGGCAAGGGACCGCAGGCUGUCCAGGCUACAGCACAGAUGAGCGUUGUUGUAGACCACGAGCAGCAGUGCAACUGGAUCUACACUCUUAUGGAGGAGAGUGACACUGUCAGCGCCAUCCGUGACAACUGGGCUGCAGACAGCAACGAGGAAAAGUGACUUGACAGUCGUAGGCCAAGCUUCAGCGGCGAGGCUGUUGGUCGAGUAGCUGGGAUGGAGGCUGAGGUUGAGGUUGAACUUGAGCUGCCUGCUGGAACAGUAAUAACAGACAAGCUCAAGAUUCGGAUUCGAGCGAAAUUAUGAUGUAUGUUCUUAGUAUCUGUACACGCAAAGAGAUACUUUUCUAGUGAUUGUUAGAUGCG